CUUUUUUUCCAUCAGCCGGUCACACUGCUGUGCACGUUUUUGAAAGCCGGCCCUCAACGCACAAAUCCAAAACAAAUCCAGAAAUCCACAAUGUUUAUGAACUCAAAUCUAUUUGAGCCCGGGAAAUCCAAGGCGGAGAAGAACUUUGUCCAGCAGGCGGUGAAGCAGAACCACAGGCUCGAUGGAAGGCGCUCCAACGAGUGCCGCGACGUGCAGCUAACCUUCGGUGCGGAUUGGGGCACAGUGGCGGUUACUCUGGGCGAGACCAAGGUACUGGCCCAGGUGAGCUCCGACAUCGGCGUCCCAACAACAGCCCGGGCCAACGAGGGCAAGCUCCAGCUGAACGUGAACAUCGGCGGUGUGGCGUUUCUUGACGAAGCGCAGAGCACUCAUGACCAGCGAUUCCUCACCUUAAACUCCCUGCUGGAGCGCACGUUCCGCAGCUCCAGGUGCCUGGACUUGGAGUCGUUGUGCGUGGCUGCCGAGCAGCAUGUGUGGUGUGUCCGAGUGGACAUAAAUGUCCUCAAUCACGAUGGAAAUCUUUAUGAUGCCAGCACUAUAGCCACCCUGGCAGCAUUGAUGCACUACCGCCGGCCGGAUGUGACAUUUGCGGAGGACGAGCUGCGGAUCUACACCGAAAAGGAGCGGGAAUUCCAGCCCCUGCUCUUCCUGCACUAUCCCGUCAGUGUUACGUACUGUAUUUACAAGAGCAGCUCCCAGCCGAUAGUGGAUCCGUCGCUUCUCGAGGAGAACGCCGCCGAUUCGGUGAUUGUCCUUAGCUUUAAUUCGUACAAGGAGCUGUGCACCCUGAACGCCGGAGGCAGUGCACCCACAAACGUACGCACCAUUAUGCAGUGCGCCCGGAAUGCAGCCACUCGGUCCAAGGCCCUGGUGGAUUUCAUACGCAAAGCUUUAGUCCUAGACGAGGAGCAGAGGUCGAAGGGGAGUGGACAGGUCCCGGGACUAGUGGGUCUGAUCAGUGAGGCGGCGCACAAGAUGAGCUUCCACCAACUGAUGAAGGACGAGCUGGACAAGGAGCGUGCCACGACAGAAGAUUCGCAAAUGGAGGUGGACGAGCAGCCUCCAGAACAGGCGGUGGUGUCAGUGGCCCAAGACGAUGUUAAGAAGGAGAAGCCCAAGCAAGAAAAGGAGACGCCGAUGGACGACAGCAGCUGGCUGCCGGAGGAGAGCACCCCGGCGACUGUUCCCGCACCCAAAGCGGGAAAAACCAAACAAAAUCGAAAUAAGAACAAGGGAAACAAAAAACAACAUUCGAAAAAACCACAAAAUGAAAGCGAUUCAGAGGAGGAGACCAAGCCGGUUAUCUAGUCGGGGGAUAGAGAGAGAGGAGAGUGAUCCUGAUAGUUAAAUGAAAAUGCUUUCAAUUAAGUUUUAUUUAGGCUUAUAAGUAUGGCUAAAAAUCAGUCUAGGCAUUUAACAGAAAUCGCAUAGGGUGGAAUUCCAAUCGGAGCUUGGAACCAAGAUCUUAGUUCGUCUUAGUCUUAAACUAGAGCUCUAAAUAUAUAAUUCCGAAUGGGACGACGAUGUUAAACGUUUAAAAAUGUGUGUGUGGAAAGGCUGUUGUUUUCAUUGAAUUAUAUCUUUUACAGCAAA